ACAUUGUUUCACACCCAGCUGUAUCCGUUAAUAUCUAUAGAUUUCUAUUAUUUAUCAUGAUUAUUGUCUGAAUAUUUCUCAGAUGAAUGUUUAUUCAUAAAAAUGUGAGAGGAAGUUCUUUAAAGCGUUCUGUAUUCUAAUUUUAGUCUAUAUUAUUUUGUGGUAUUCAUUUUGUUGUUUAUAGUCUGAUUUCUAUUGUCAUUGUCAUAAACAGAAACAGACUACCAAAAUAAAUGUCACAUUGGCAGUUUGGCAGAAAGUAUUCACUGAUAGUUGAGUCGGUGUUUUAAUAUUUCCCGCAAAUUGCUGAAAAUAUUAUAAAUUCUCGACAUAUAGACAAUAUUCUGUGAAGUGUGUUUAAAAUGCUGUGUUUCUUGCUCUGAUUACUAGGUUAUAAUGUCUACAUCAAGUAAUAUUUCGCAGUCGACAUAUUCCCCAUCAGAACCAGAAACUCCCCAAAAUACAGCACAAAGCAGAAUUCAAAAUUUCGACCAAUCACUGAAUCAUGCUGAUCUUGGACUGAGUAUUGAACAGUCUAUGAAAAGUGCUCAAAAAGAAAUGCAUCAAAAACGAAUCCAAGCUUUGAGAACUGAGCUUGAGUAUCUAAAAGCUACUGAAUGGGAGUUUGAGUAUGACAAGGGAUUUGUUCAGUAAUAGAUAUACCUAAUCGGAGAUUUUAUUAAUACCUACAUUAGCAGAAAAAAGCAAUCAAGAUGGUUUUCUCAUUAAUCAAGUCAGUUUAUAAUUAUUUCUUUUCUAAAUCUUCAUUUGAAGAAUAUGAUCGGCAGAUGGAAAUAUAUUUAGCCGAAGAGCUUACAAAAUUGGCAUUAGAUGAUGAUGACGAUAUUGUGCAAAGAACGGAGCCUGAACAUAAUCCCAGUGAUUGUUUUCAAAGGACUGGAGUAGUAAGUUACAUCGACGAGCAUGGAAGCUAUGUGCUUAUUGAUGGCAUGUUCUAUUUCAAUAUGGAGGGAUGUUCAAUCCACGUAGCUCAAAAUGACAAGGUUGUGUAUUUGUGCUACAAGGAAGCAGAUGAAUCAAUAGUAGUUGUCCGAAUACUACAAAACCUUGGGGAACAUUGGGGUGACUUUGAAGUGGAUGUUGAUGAGCGUGGUUUUCCCGUCAGAGAACAUGUUAUUGUUGGUGAAGUAGAGUACCGGCAGGACCGAAUGGUGAUUAUAAAAGAGAGUGAUCUCUCAUUCAGUCUGGACAAGGUGGUUGCAACUUUCGUCCCAGUCCAGGGAGACUUAUUGGAACUAAUGUGCAAGGUUAAAUACGAUGAAGAUAACCCUACAGAUGUAUCCAGUAACCAGGUGGUUGAAGUAAUUUCAUUCAGACCACUGAGACAUAAAGUGGUACCUUCGGAAAUAAAACAAUGGAACGGAAAGGAGGGAAUUUGUCACAACCAGAUUUAUUUUAAUAUAUCCUCGUGUAUGAUCAAUGGUGGAGAGCCACAUGUCGGAGCCAAGACUUUUAUUGAAGCCAUAGAGAGUAACCAAGGUUCCUGCUCGUGGAGAGUUCUAAAAAUGGAAGUAACAGACAAAGCCAAAGUUGUACAAGACAAUCCUGAAGUUGAUAACAUUGAAAAAAAUAGUCUAGAGAUUGAAGCAAAUAAUAACAUAGAAGUGACUUACCCUUUAAAGUUUGACAAUGUCCGCUUUCAUGAGAGGCCUCAAAUAACACUGACUAUUACAAACAGAAAUAACCAACCAAUAAUCAUGUAUAAGUGGAUAGUACUUUGCAGAAAAAAAGAUUCACAAAUAACGAUGUAUCCAGUUUUACCGAAGUACACCAAACUGUAUCCCAACGAACCAUUCAAUUUAACAAUCGAUUGCCAUCCAAAAUUUUACGGCAAAUCAAAAGAACACGUGAUAAUAUCAUUCAAAGGCUUUAAAGUUGAAAGAUUAGUUGAAAUAAAUGUUUUAAGUGAGCUUACUUCUAGUGAAGAUUCUAGAAGUACUUUUAAAAGAAAUAAUACCAAUGACACAAGGACCGCAUUCAAAAGAGGAGAAACUAAUUACGUACCUGGCGUACGACUGGCUAAGAAUCCUAACUUUAGGACUGUAAGAAUGGGACAAUAUAACAUACCAGAGAAAGUUGAGUCUGCUAUUUUGGGCGACAAUGAGAGAUUGGCCCGGAGAGAUAUUUUACAAAGAAUUGAAUACAGUUUUCCUUGUCUCAUUCAAAAUUUGAAUGUUUCAAACUAUGUGGAUAAAUGGCAUACAUUAUUAUACAUGGAAGAAAUUAAAGCAACAAUUAAUGUUAGAAGUUUCAACAUGCCAUCUACGUUUUUACUUAAAAAUCAAGAAUAUCUAAGCCUUGAAAUUAAAAAGUUGGCUGAAAGGAGGCCCUCUCUAAUCGUUGGUGACAGAGUUAUAGUUACUGAUAUGUGGGAUGAGAAUUCUUAUACUUAUGAAGGCUUUAUUCAUGUUAUUCGAGGGGAUCAAGUACUGUUUAAGUUUAACCCUAGAUUUCAUGAAUCUUACAGAGGAAGUGAUGUUUCUGUAGAAUUUUGUCUUAGCAGAGCUUCAUACAGAAAAUUACACCACGCUAUCAGUAAGGCACUCUCAACACUGGGAACAGAUGUCUUGUUUCCCUCUCGCCUAAUAUCGCGCCCACCUCAAUUACCUUUAGAAAAAAUUAACAAUUUGAAAUGGUUUAAUCCAAACUUGAACUAUCAUCAAAAAAAGGCCAUAAGGAACAUCUUAAUUGGAGAAUGUCGUCCAAUGCCCUAUUGCAUAUAUGGCCCACCAGGUACUGGUAAAACCGUCACUGUUGUGGAAACUCUAUUACAGAUAAUAACGCUUAUACCCGACAGCAGAAUUUUAGUUGCAACACCAUCAAAUAGCGCUGCAAAUUUAAUCACCGAAAGACUCUUACAAUAUAGAAAACUGUUUUCAAGUUCGAUCAUCAGACUAAUUGCUAACUAUAUGAUAGAUUCGGAAAACAUUCCAGAUGUAGUCAAACCGUACUGUGCAGUUUUAAACAUAGCUAGAGAAAAAACGUCCAUGUCACAUCAUGCUAUUGUUGAAAACGGCAUUAAUAUGAAUGUACCGUCAUCCUAUGUGGGGCGAUAUCGAGUUACUAUUGGGACAUGCAAUUGUCUCGGGACGCUUGCGUUAAUGGAAUUACAUAAAGGACAUUAUACUCAUGUAAUAAUUGAUGAGGCAGGACAAGCUAUAGAACCCGAAAUUAUGAUCCCCAUGACUUUCAUAAACAAAGAAAGUGGACAGAUUAUUCUGUCUGGUGACCCAAUGCAACUUGGGCCAAUUGUGUUGUCCGACUAUUGUAAAGAAUACGGUAUGGAUAAAUCGUACUUAUCUAGAUUGCUUGAAACAUUCCCUUAUCAAAAGGACUUUGCAGCCUUCGAAAAUGGAUUUAAUGAAAAGUUGGUGACUCGAUUGACAGAAAAUUAUAGAUCUUUGCAGGAAGUUAUAAAAUUACCCAGUGAAAUGUUUUAUGAUGCAUCCUUAGUGUCUAGAGUUGACCGGAAUGCUCCGUUCGUCACGAAAAUCAUCGAUGUUAUGUCAGAAAUAUUUGAUAUGCCUGAAGAUUCUAAAACUGGAGGAGUGUUCGUGCAUGGCGUCAAAGGAAACAAUGCAAGAGCCGCGGACAGUCCUUCCUGGUAUAAUCCUGAAGAAGCUUCUACGAUCGCAAUGAUUGUUUGUAAACUGUAUAAGAGUAAUAUAUCACCAGAUGAAAUAGGAAUUAUUGCACCUUAUGUAGCUCAGAUAAGACAUCUACGGCGCUUAUUUGAGCAUAUGCAUUUGGAUCGUCCUAAAAUCGGCACCGUUGAAGAGUUCCAAGGUCAAGAAAGGUCUCUUAUAAUAAUAUCUACAGUAAGGUCAUCCAGUCACCUUAUUGAAGACGAUCUUCAACACUCAUUGGGAUUUGUUGAGAAUCCAAAAAGGUUAAAUGUUGCACUAACGCGAGCACAAGUAGCAGUGAUGUUGAUUUGCGAUCCCCAUUUGUUGUCACAUGAUCCAAAAUGGAACAAAAUCAUAACUCACGCCGUCAAUGAGAACAAAUACAUGGGGUGUGACUUCUCUGGUUGUAACGAGACAAAAGAAUUACAAGAAUACUUCGAAGAAUGGGAUGAAUGAAUUUUUUACAUUUACUAUCUGAGAGAAGCAUGACUAUAUUUUUUUAAAUAAUAGAAUAUUUACUCGCAACGGAUUCGUGUGUAGAUUACAUAAAUCAAUGUAGAUUUAGAUUUUCACUGCAGUUUUUACUCCCAUUUUUACAGGAUCUGCUGUUUAUCCUCAAUUUAAUUAAAAUAAUAGAUCGAUAAGUAUAAACCGCUACGUAGUCAUGGUGUAUAUUCACAAAGGGUUAUAUGAUGAGUAGCCUUAACCAGAUGCAAUUCAUUUUAAUGACUGGUUAGGGUGGUCUCAUCUUGCAAUUAGCUUUUAUUAAAUGGUUUUAUUUAACUUGCCCAAUUUGUUUGGGGUGAGGUUAGUAAUAGGGUAAUUUCCUCAAUUUUAUCUUUCUGAUAGAUUAUAUCGGAAUAUAAGACACGUAUUUUUAUACAAAAUUAAGUACUUUGACGAUAUUGAUUUGAAAUGGCAUGUGACGUCACCAUUUACUACAUUUUAUAGGGUAUCCUUCCACUCCUAAACUUAACUCCGCUCUAUUUAAGUAUUGUAACUUUUUAAGACAGAAUAAUAAAAUACGUGUCUAAUAUUUUUUAAUUAUCCAAUAUAUUUCAUACCCUAUACUGUGUGUUUUUAUUCUCGUAACAUAGAAAUAUGUGUGCAUUGUACAGGUUCUCCAAUAAGGGCUGGUUGGAUGUGUCAACCUUUAGUAUCUAUGUUACUCUUGUUGUCCAACUCUGCUGUACUGUGUAGUCUUCGAUAACAUUCCUAUAAUCGCCUUUUUUGUCUGGUACAAAAACCUACUUAACCGCCAAACGUGUAUGAACGACAAGAAACAAUUAUGGCAACUUCAAACUUCAGACAUGUAUUUCUAAAGUCUGCUUCUCUAAAUGAAAUAUCUUUUUAUACUCUUUAGUACGUAAGAUAUGUAAAAAGAAAUUAAAUACACGCAUGCUUUCAAACCGAAACCAUACCAAAGUAACCUGUCAAUGUUUCUUUUUAAAAUAAUGCAGACAUAACACGUUUAUGAAAUUAUGAAUGUGUGAAACUAGCUGUGUAUUGAAAGUCGUAUUUAUAGUUUUAAGUUUUCUUAAAUACAAAUUAAUCCUUUAGAAA